AUGAUUCAUUUGGAGAAUCAGAAUUCCCAACAAUUUUAUGAAAAUGAUCCAUGGGAAGAAUCUGGCGACAUCAGUAGUACUACAGUUGUGCGGGAAAUUCACGUAAAAAACCGUAGUACAUAUGCCGUGCAAUUACUUGUUCAGUGUGGAGACACAAACAUGCGUAGUGGUAACCAGACGGAUGAGACGGAAGCGGAGAUACAAUACAGUACAUGUUGUUCACCCGGUGGGGUAGUAACGUAUCGACUCGUACAAACUGAUGGAUGUGGUGCUCGGAAGAGGGGCACAUCGAUCGAUGUAGGGGAGGUACGACGAGGUGCAAGUACCGCUUUAUCAGUUGCUGUGCCACUGCAUUGCAUUUAUUUGUCCGUUCAACUUGACUUGAUUGAAGGACAUCCAAGUGAAUCUGAAUUCUCAUCUCUUAGCUGUGCAGUAGUGAAAAUGUUAGCUAAUUGCUUAAAUGAUGACAGCUGCGCUUUUGACAGUUGGCUUCUGUAG